UUCAGUGCGUGGUAUUCUUUCUUCGUAGCAGCAUCCUUCUGGAUUUUAAGAUGAAUUUGAUAUAUUUCGCCGCUUUCAUAGCGGCGUGUGGAGCGGCGAAGCUUGACCGAACAUACCUACCACCUUCAUCGUCACAAUAUGCUGGUGGUACUCCGGGAUCCUCACAAACCUCUGGCAUAAGCGGCUUAAACCAAGCAUUCUUGCAAACACCUUUUGGAAGGACCAGUGAUAAUAACCCUUCUCAGGGAAACCAAUUACCUUCAGGAAGCUAUGAAAAUGAGCAUCAAGGAGUAGUAGUUGAAGCUGCAGCCCCUGGAACCAGGGCAUCAAAUCAACCAUCAGGACUUGGAGGUCCAAGAGAAAACUAUGGAUCAACAGAUUCUAAAGUAGGAGCAGCUGCGUUCAGAGGUACUAAAAAUCAGGCUAGACCACAAAAUGGAGGAAUCCAAAACCAAGCACAGUUUGAAUCGAUUAGUCCCCAAGGAUCAAUUGGUAUAAAUAACCAAGAUUAUCCAGAUUUAUCAGCUUUCCACCAACCUUCAGGUCCAGUUAAUGCAGGCAACAGACCAGGAAAUCAAUUCUUCACUGACCGAGUAUCUAAUACAGUAAAAUACCAUAUGAACAUUGGAUUGAAUAAAUUUAACUAUGGGUUUGAAACUGAAAACGGGAUUAAAAUGGAGGAAAAUGGUGUAUCGAACGAUGGGGAUAAAAGACAAGGUGGUUAUUCCUAUACCGGUGACGAUGGAAAGGUGUACAGUGUAGUGUAUACAGCAGAUAAAAAUGGGUAUCGUCCUAUGGGGUCCCAUCUUCCCACCCCACCGCCUAUACCGGUUGAAAUUCUGGAAUCUUUACAACAAAAUGCGAAAGAUGAAGCCAAUGGAAUAAAGGAUGACGGCUCUUACGAUGCUCAAAAGUACAAUGCAGAGGACGAUUAUACUCAAAGUGACACUAAUGGCAAUUAUAACGAUAGACAAUCGAAUAAAUUUGGUGAGCGACCUGGAUUCAACGCCGGCGCAGGCGCAGUCAUUAAUCAAAACCAACAAGGCUUUGUGAGACCAAAUGGUCAAGGACACUUCAGUUCUUACGACUUUUCUAAAGGUUCAUCGUCAACGCAACCUGAUAACUCCAAAUUUGGGACAGGUAUCGCAGGAUUUGAUAAUAAAGGACAACCCAGUACAGGACAACGACCUGGGUUCAACACGGGUGCAGGCAUAUUCUUUAAUCAAAACCAACAAGGCUUUGUGCGACCUAAUGAUCCAUUCAGUUCUUACGACUUUUCAAAAGAUUUAUCAUCAACGCAACCCGAUACUUCCAAGUUUGGGAUAAGUUUUCAUGGAGGUGAUAACACAUUUAACAAGGGAAACAUUUUAUCUCAGAAUAAGCAGGCUGCUCAAUUUGGAAAUAUAUUCGGAGCCCAGUCCCAGUAUUUGCCUCCUCGCCCUCCUGGCAAUUUCCUAGAUGCAAAUUCUUUCCUACAAAUAGAUUCAUCGAAAGUUGGUUUCAAUAAUAACUUUAAUAAUGCUCAACCUCAUUCAGAACAAAAAUUUCAAGAUCAAGGGCCAUUUGGAAAGCCUAUUCAAACAUUGACUACACAAAAUUCUUAUGGUACAUUUUUUGGACAAGGGUCUUCAAAUAAAAACCUUCCUCCAUCCGUUCAAGGCUCAAAUUCUUUUGGUGUAAGCAUUAAUAAUAAUAAACCUCAAAAUGAUGGUGCAUUUUUCCAAACCGGCUUACAAAAUCCUUCAAUAGGCUCUAAUUUAGGUUUAGAGUUUGAUGGUAAAGCUCAAACUUCUCCAGUGAUAAACGGUAAUAACGGUUCUUUUUAUAUUUCUGGUCUUUCUCAAGAAAACAUGAUCGAUAAUCCUCAAAGUCAAGGAUCACUUUCAACACCAGCUCUCAACGUAGGAAUAACAUCUCAAAAUAAUGUAAACAAUAUUCCUCUAAAUCAGGAUUCUUUUUUCCAAACUAGUUUGCAAAGUACGGGUGACAGUACUAAGGAAAAUACCAACCUCGAUUUUAACAAUCGAUUCAGUCCUACUGUUUCUUCACAAACCAUACCUACCAAGCAACCUGAUCUUAUUCUAACCACUCCACUAGAAAGUCAAGAACAACAAACCAACAGUUUUUCUUCAGCAGUUUCCACAUCGUCUACUGGUGACUCACAAUCCAUCUUAUCCAGCAACGAGAGACCAAGUGAUGGCUCCAACUUACCUGGACAACUGGAUAUAUCAUCCGUUUUUUCUACACAAUACCAAAGUACAACUGGAUCUGACAAACACCCGCAACCGCCCACUUUGACUCCAAUUACGCCAACUUUACCUACUAAAGAAGAUGAAACUGAAACGAACACUUAUCAAAGCAAUGGCAUUACUCAGGCUUCAAUAUCGUCUUUCCCAUCAAUUACUCCUACUUCUUCAUCACAAACGAGUUCAGGAGAAGUUUAUGAAUACACUAAACCAGCUCAGGGGCUGCCUGCUUCAUCUCAAGGAGAAAAUACUGACGAGUCUAACUCAGAGGUCAAUCAACCAAGCUCAGUGUUUUCAACACAAAAUGAAAAUACCAUUAAACCACAAUUGAGUACAGAGUCUAAUACACAAUUUGGUCAAAGUUUUCCAUUCCCAAGUACAUCAACAUUUGGACAACAAACAACUCCAUCACGAUUUGGCGUUCAGACAGGCUCUACAUUUGGACAAAAACCAUCUCAGUCACAACUUGGUGAACAGGAAACCUCUUCAUUUGGACAAAUACCAACUCUAUCACCUUUUGGUGCGCAAACAAGCUCAGUAUUUGGACAAAAACCAAUUCAACAACAAUCUGGUUCGCAAUCAAGCUUUUUAUUUGGACAACAAACGACACCUACUCGCUUAACUUCUCAAACAAGCUCAUCGUUUGGACAGAAACCGACUCUUUCGCCAUUCAGUGGACAGACAAGUACAUCCUUAAAUCAACAGACAAUACCGUCACGUUUCGGCGUUCAAACGAGUUCCCCAUUUGGACUAAAACCAACCCAACCACAGGCUAGUUUUGAAUUUGGGCAGCAAACAACUCCAUCUCGCUUUGGUGUUCAAACAAGCUCAUCAUUUGGCCAAAGACCAACUUUGUCACCUUUCAGCACACAGACCACUUCUUCAUUUGGCCAGAAACAGACUACCUUUUCAUUUGGGCAACAGACUAUGCCAACUCGCUUUGGUACUCAAACAAGCUCAACAUCCGGACAAAAUCCAAGCCAGCCAGGAACAGGUCCACUGCAAACUAGCUUUUUGUUUGGAUCUCAAACAACCCCAUCGCGUUUUGAUGUUCAUCAGACAGGUUCAUCUAUUGCACAAAAACCAAGGUUUCCAUCUGUCGGCACAUCAUUAAACCAACAAACAAUAUCGAGUUGUUGUUCACAGACAAGUUCAUCGUUUGGACAACAAACUACGCCUUCAAGAUUUGAUAUUCAAACAAGCUCAACUUUUGGGCAAAAACCCACUCAACAACAACUAGGCGGGCAGACAAGCUUUGUGUUUGGAUCCCAAACUACACCAUCUCGCUUCGGAGCUCAGCCAAGCUCAUCAUUUGGACAGCAAACAACCCCGUCACCUUUUGGUGUCCAAACAAGUACUUUAUUUGAACAAAAAACAACACCAUCACAGACUAGUGUACAAGCAGGUUCAUCAGGACAACAAACACCACCUUCAAGAUUUGGUGUACAAUCUGGCUCAGGAAAUGGACAGCAAACAACUCUGUCACCUUUUGGUGUACAGACAAGCUCAACAUUUGAGCAAAAAAUAACAGUAUCACAAUUUGACGACUCAUCGUCUGAACAGCAGUCAACAGCACAAUUUGGAGGGGAUCUUAACAAACAACAACAAAGUCAAUCUGAGGAAUCAAAUGAGCAAUCUGAAAACCAAUCUGAUGCUAAACCAUCAACAUUACAACCGAGUACAUCUAACUCACAAAAUUCUCAAGAAUCAGUUGAAAAUACCAGUUCUGAUGAAAUCUAUCAAUAUAAUAAGCCAACUACAGGUUUUCCAUCGAAUGGAGGGAAUAAAGCACAAAUAAACUUCGGUUCACAGCAGUCUCUUGGUAACCAAUUUGGUCAAGGAAUUACUAGUUCAGAAAAAGAAAAUGAAGCAACUUUUGGCCUACAAUCUACAGUUCAACCUGUCAAGCAAUUUGGUAGUCAACUCCCGCAGUUUGGUACAAAACCAAACAAUCAAUUUGGAAUACAGACUGAAUCGGCUUCAGAUGAGAAAGAUAUUACAUAUAGUCAGCAAUCGCAAGGUAACACACAAUUUCAACAGUCUACUACGCAGUCUGAUAAACAAAGUUUCUCAUCUACAUCUCUAACUGAAGACGUUAGUAAACCUAACCAGCAAUCUCAAGUAGCAAUAUUUCCCCGUUUCCCAGAACAAUCAAAGGUAACCAACUCACCAUUUGAAUCAGGCCAACCAACGAUUUCUCAAUUUUUUUUCGGACCAACAAGUUCAUUAGGACAAAGCUUUGGUAGUAAAGAAUCAACAUCUCCCAAAAUUUCUUCAACCAGCACAGAUAACACAGAAUAUCAACCCUCAACACUUUUACCAAGCUCACCAAAUUCACAAAAUUCCUUUAAUUUACAAAAACAAGAACAAUCGCAAAAUUCUCAAUCAGGCGAACUGUAUCAAUACAAUAAACCUGCCCAGUCAUUACCAGAUGCUUCACAAAACAAAUUUGAUACAAAUCAACCUAUUACUUCACAUUUAUCACAGAGUAAUGAGAAAUUCGACAAUAUUCAACCGACGAAAGGUGAUGAAGAUGAAUCUCAACCUCAAAUAAUUGUUAGCAAGCCACAAACACCGUUAUCAACAACGCUAGGCACUCUGCCAAGUGCACAUCCUUUCCCUCACUUGGCUUUCUAUAGCGCUUGCUGUCGAGGUCCCAAACCUCAAAAACCUCAAGGAUCGUCAUUAUCAGGUAAAGUUCCUUCUUCACCUUUGACUGGAAACUUAGGCGGUAACACUAACAGUUUUGGUUUGAAUAAGAAUGAUAAUCAAGAUACAAAUGGAAGUGGUCUGAUAGAAAAUAAGUUUGGUAAUCAAGGCUUGGGAGUACAGAAAGAGACACCUAGUUUUACCGGUCAAGGAGAAGAAUUUGGAGGACCUCGAAAACCUCCUAAGUUUGACGAAUCUGGCUACCAUUAUUAGAUGACAACAUGUGAAUAUUAUAGGAAAUGUGAAUGUAAGGUACCUAGCCAUGUUAAGUAAAUAGUAAGAAAAUGAUGUUAGAGUUUCUUAUAAGUGAUAAAACGCUAAAAAGCGUUACCAUGUAAAUUAUAAUAAUAGAUGUAAGUAAUGUAAAUAAAGCAGGUAUUGAAAAAUUGUCAA